AACAGGCGCCAUGGACUUGUCUAAGCUGAUCAAUAACAAUGAGUUUAUUGAAAAAAUGUUCCAAACUGCAACUCGCGGCCUUAUUUUGGUAUUUUGCAUAACGAUUUUACUUUAUUUGGCUAUUUUCCCAUUUUACGUGUAUGUUUUCAAACUGAAUAGGAGAAGGGAUAACAAGGUGAAAGUUUAUAGUUUUUGAUUCAAAAAAAUUAAAAAUUCAGACAGUGCUAUUUCCAACUGUCAAUCAUUUCUUUCAAAUGGUGAAAAUCACUUACUACUUGUUUGUCGUAUCGGUUAUCUGUACAAUUUUGAUGUAUUGUACUCCACUUAACCACGGGAUACUUUUCCAUCUCAUUAUGAUGGUUCUGAUAGCUUUUAUAAUGUGUACAUUAUACCUUUGCACAAGGAAAUCGUUCUUUACUUCAUCUACAGUUUGAAUAUCAAUAGUAGUCGUACAAGAAUAAAUUUUGGGCUAUAUUCUAUGAUAAUCGUUGCUCUAUUCUAUGCGUUACUGUUUUUUUCUACGACAUUUUAUAUUCCAAUUAUGUUGAGUGCUCAAAAAAUGUGCUCAGCUCAAAAUUGUGCUGUGCAAAAGUAUAUAUACUGGCAGACCCUAACAGUCUUUGUUUGUAAAUCGAUAGCUAUAUUAAUUUUCAUUUACCAAAUCACUUUUGGCACAUAUCCCCCGUCUGAGUGUGCAGUUCUCAUUGUAACUACAGAUAUUGUCACAACUCCAUUGUUAGUUGAAAUAUCGUACGUGGGAAGUAACAGAUGGAAAUCAAAACCCAAUGCAAAAUUCAAGUGGAAUAGAUUCUUCAGAGUGAUGUUUGAUAUUAAGAAGGCAUCAGUUGUUGCGCCAAAAUUUUGAAUUUUCAUUCAAAUGUAGCAUUAAUUAAACAAAACGGUUUAACGUCAUACGUCAUACGUCAAACUAAAUACAUUGGUUUUUUAAACUCUACAGGUGACUUUGCAAGAACAUGUGUUGUAGCUUGAGCUACAUGACAAAUCCGGGUUUUUUCGAGAAUUUUUCUUAAACAUCAACUUGCUUAUUUUGCCUGAAUCUUGCAUACUUGGCUUAGUGGUCCUUAUCACUCAAGGAAUCUGAAGGAAUCUCAAUGAGCAACUCUUCUGCAUUCAUUGAUUAUAUCAUUUCCGAACCGACAGUUGGCGGAUUUUUCGCUAUAUUUUUAAUUUUUACGUUAUUUUAUUUAAUAACAUUUCCAUUUUAUGUGCUUUCUUUCAACCUAAAUAGAAUGAGGGACAAAAAUACGUUACUAUUUCCAACAGUCAGUCAUUUUUAUGAAAUGGUAAAGUUCACAUUUUAUCUGCUUGUCCUUUUGAUUCUUUGCAUACCUCUACUGUUUGUAGCAACACAUUUUAAAUCGCUGUUUACCUGGUUAUCUGCUUAGCAUUUUUUAUAAUACUUGCACUUUAUCAAUUCACAGAAACAUUCCAUUUUAUAAUAUUCCUGCUGGCGGCUCAGCGUUUCCUCGUUUUUUAUUUUCCGAGCACCGAGAAGCAUAUUGCCUUGUUUCAAAAAUUCAUGUCCAAGAAAGUGUGGUAUGUCCAUUUAGUGAGUGUGGUUAAAGAAUUUAUAAUCCUCUGUGUUUUUUCCUCACGGGUGAAGUACGAAAGGGUUGAUCCUUACAAACCACCAUGUUAUUAUGUCCGCAAUCCCUCGCCAGAGACCUGCUGCAAUCAGCCCUUCACGAUGAAAGGAGUCGAUGCCAUUGGUUUCUAUACUGUGGGAUUCAUUUUAUUCUUCCAUGCGUUGUUAUUCUUUUCUAUGCCAUUCUAUAUCCCAAUAAUGAUCAGUGUUCGAAAACUUUCGUCCACUCAAUACUGUAAAGUGCAAAGCUACAUUCAUUGGCAGACGCUAACGAUUUUCGUUUGUAAAUCGAUGGCUAUAGUACUCGUUAUCUACAAUAACACUUUUGGUUCACUUCCGAUAGGAGCAUAUACAUUUCUUAUAUUAGUUAUGGACAUUGUAACAACUCCUCUAACAGUGCAACUUUCCUAUUUGGGGAGUAAUGGAGUAUCAUUCCAGUGGAGGACAUUCUUCAGAGAGUUGUUUGGUGGUGAAGGAUCUUCAACUGUUGCACCACAACUUUAUCACAUCACUUAAGACAAAAUGGAUAAAACGGUUGUUCCAAAAUUUUGAAUUUUUAUUUAAAUUUAAUAUCAAUUCAAUGAAACGGUCUAACGUCAUACGUGAAACUAAAUACAUUCGUUUCAAACUCACUAUCAGCAAAAUUCAAUUUGCUUACUUUGCCUGAAAAUUGCAAAUUUAACCUCGUGAUCCUCAUCGCGUUUCACUCGAGGAAUCUGAAGGAAUCUUGAUGAGCAAUUCCUCUGAAUUCAUCAAUUAUGUUAUUUCCCAACCGACAGUUAGCGGAUUUAUUGCUAUGUUUUUAACUUUUACGUUAUUUUAUUUGAUAACGUUUCCGUUUUACGUGAUUGCCUUCAAACUGAAUAGGACAAGGGACAGAAAUACUUUACUAUUUCCAACAGUCGGACAUGUUUAUAACAUGGUUACAAUCACAUUUUACUUAUUUGUCAGUUUUAUUAUUUGUAUGUCUUUAUUUAUGAAUAGCGGACCAGAACUCUCCAAUCUUAUCCUUUUCAUUAUAGUAGCUUUAAUAACAUUUGCACUUUAUCUUUCCACAGAAGCGUUCCAUUUUCUAAUAUUCCUGCUAGCGGCUCAACGCUUCCUUGUUUUCUAUUUCCCGAGCACCGAGAAGCAUAUUGCCUUGUUUCAAAAAUUCAUGUCCAAGAAAGUGUGGUAUGUCCAUUUAGUGAGUGUGGUCAAAGAAAUUACGAUCAUCUGCAUUGUUGGCUCACAAAUGGAGAUCAAAAGGCCUAACAUACGUUGCAUUCCCGCUCCAGGUUACUGCCAGGACACGUGGUCAGGGAUUGGUUUCUAUACCGUGGGAUUCAUUUUAUUCUUUCACGUGUUGUUAUUUCUUUCUAUACCUUUCUAUAUCCCAAUAAUGAUAAGUGCUCAAAAAAUUUCGUCCAAUCAAUACUGUAAAGUGCAAAACUACAUCCACUGGCAGACGUUAACCAUUUUUGUUUGCAAAUUGAUAAAUAUAGUCGUUGUUAUCUACAAUCACACUUUUGGUUCUCUUUCGAUAGCAGAAUAUACAGUGGUUAUUGUAAUUAUUGAUAUUGUAACAACUCCUCUAAUAGUACAACUUUCCUAUUUGGGGAGUAAUGGAGUAUCAUUCCAGUGGAGGACAUUCUUCAGAGAGUUGUUUGGUGGUGAAGGAUCUUCAACUGUUGCACCACAACUUGAUAACUAACGGCACUUAAGACAAAAUGGUACUUCACCUUCAAUUUACGGUACUCCACAAUUAAAUUAUUCGAGCACGCGUUAUUUUGAUAAUAUCAAUAAAUUUU